AACAAAACAGAGUAGACAAGGUCAUAGGAAACAAAGGGAAAUGAAGGCCGCAUCUGCGAUACCAAAGAGACGAAUACUCGGAGCCCUUCUUCCAAUAAUAGUUAACACGUUGUUGGCAUCACGCAUCUGUGUCACCCAAUCAGUCUACCCGCUACUAAAGCGCACUCCACCUCCCCUUUUAUCUCCCAAACAAUUCUCCAGUCCCUGCCACCUCUGUUCUUUUUCCUUCUCCUCCUCCUCCUGCCUCCCGGCACUCCACAGGCCCACUUGUACAGCUCCUUGGCUUUCUCAUUCUUGCUCUUCGCUUUCUUCUCUACCAAUGGCCGCCACUUCGGCUGUGGAACUACCCAUCGAAGCCAACCCCCUUCUUCUAGAUUUUGAAUUCCCCCCGUUCGAUGUCGUUGAAGCCAAACACGUUUCCCCCGGGAUCCGUGCCCUCUUGAAGAAGCUUGAGGAUGAUUUGGUGGAAUUGGAGCGCAAAGUGGAGCCUUCAUGGCCGAAGUUGGUUGAGCCAUUGGAGAAGAUUGUAGACCGUUUGACUGUGGUCUGGGGGAUUGUCAAUCAUCUGAAAGCUGUCAAGGAUUCUCCCGAGCUCCGUUCUGCCAUUGAAGAAGUUCAGCCAGAGAAGGUUAAGUUUCAGCUGAGGUUGGGACAAAGUAAAGCAAUUUACAAUGCGUUUAAAGCUAUUCAAGAAUCUCCUGGUUGGCAGUCACUGAGUGAUGCUCAUAAACGUAUCGUGGAAUUACAGUUAAGGGAAGCGAUUCUUAAUGGUGUUUCUCUUGAAGAUGAUAAAAGAGACCAAUUUAACAAAAUUGAGCAGGAAUUGGAAAGAUUAUCUCAAAAAUUUGACGAGAAUGUUUUGGAUGCCACAAAGAAGUUUGAAAAACUAAUUAUGGAUAAGAAAGAAAUAGAAGGAUUGCCUGCUACUGCUCUUGGAUUGGCUGCACAGACAGCAGUGUCUAAGGGUUAUGAAAAUGCUAAUGCUGAGAAUGGGCCUUGGAUAAUAACGCUGGAUGGUCCAAGUUUUAUGUCUAUUAUGCAACAUGCUCGAAAUCGAUCUUUGCGUGAAGAAGUCUACCGUGCUUAUGUAACGCGUGCCUCAAAUGGAGAUUUGGAUAAUACGGCAAUAAUUGACCAGAUUUUGAAACUUAGGUUGGAGAAGGCUAAGCUUCUCAAUUAUAACAAUUAUGCUGAGGUAAGCAUGGCAACCAAAAUGGCUACUGUUGAAAAAGCAGAAGAGCUUCUAGAAAAACUUCGCAGUGCUUCAUGGAAUGCUUCAGUUCAAGAUAUGAAUGACAUUAGAAGUUUUGCCAAGAAUCAAGGUGCAGUAGAAGCUGAUGAUUUGAGCCAUUGGGACGUCAACUUUUGGAGUGAGAGGCUUCGUGAAUCAAAAUUUGACAUCAAUGAGGAAGAACUGCGCCCAUUCUUCUCCUUGCCAAAGAUUAUGGAUGGCCUGUUUAACCUUGCAAAUACACUCUUUGGAAUUGAGGUUGAGAAAGCUGAUGGUUUAGCUCCGGUUUGGAACAAUGAUGUUAGAUUCUAUCGUGUCAAAGAUUCUUCAGGUAGUCCCAUUGCAUACUUCUAUUUUGAUCCAUAUACCCGUUCAUCUGAGAAAAGGGGAGGUGCAUGGAUGGAUGAGGUUGUUGGUCGAAGUCGCGUGCUGUCACGUGAUGGCUCCUCUGUAAGGUUGCCUGUUGCCCACAUGGUGUGCAAUCAAUCGCCUCCAGUGGGGAACAAACCAAGCCUAAUGACAUUCCGUGAGGUUGAGACUGUCUUCCAUGAAUUUGGUCAUGCUCUUCAGCAUAUGCUGACCAAGGAGGAUGAGGGUCUAGUUGCUGGUAUUCGGGGGAUAGAGUGGGAUGCCGUUGAAUUACCUUCUCAGUUCAUGGAAAACUGGUGUUAUCACAGGGAUACUUUGAUGGCCAUUGCAAAGCAUUACGAAACUGGGGAGAGUCUCCCUGAAGAAGUAUAUUUGAAGCUUGUUGCAGCUAGGACUUUUCGUGCCGGCUCACUAAGUCUUCGUCAGUUAAGAUUUGCAAAUCUAGAUUUGGAGCUGCAUACGAAGUAUGUUCCUGGUGGGUCAGAAUCCAUCUAUGAUAUUGAUAGGAGGGUUUCUGAACGAACACAAGUGAUCCCUCCGCUACCAGAAGACAAUUUCCUUUGUGGUUUCAGCCAUAUAUUUGCAGGUGGAUAUGCAGCUGGAUACUACAGUUACAAGUGGGCUGAGGUGUUGUCAGCAGAUGCCUUCUCUGCAUUCGAGGAUGCUGGACUGGAUGACAGCAAGGCUGUGAAAGAAACAGGGCACAAGUUCCGAGAGACUAUCCUUGCACUUGGAGGUGGUAAAGCACCCCUAGAGGUAUUUGUGGAAUUCCGUGGGCGUGAACCUUCACCGGAGGCACUGCUCCGGCACAAUGGACUAUUGUCAGCCUCUGCAUAAUAUUCAUUGUGUAGCAAAUGCAGGUUUCUUUGUUGGAUCUUUCAUUUCCACCCCCAAAUGAAAAGACCCCAGAAUAAAUUUCAAGCCAUAAUCGCUACCCGUGGUGGUCUUGAUUGUAUAAGCAUUCUAGGUGAUUUUUUCAGUAUUUGUUAAAAUGAAUUGCCAAUUCAUGUCUCUUUGUUAAAAUUCCCGAAUGGAGAGGAUCAGAUCUUUGUCUCAAUUGAAGAAAGAAAUGGAAGGAACAAAGUAAUAACCUCAUAAACGUGUUCUUAUGUUCAGCCCUUGUGCUACCCGACUAUUUGUCAACCCUUCAUCUUCAUCAGAUUCAUUAUAAAAUAUAAUUUCCUCUUCCAAAAA